UCCUUCAUUCAAUAUGGCGUCACCCAGUUCAACAGUUCAACAAUGCUGGGAGUGGCAUGAAUGGGCAUGAGCUUAGAGUGAUGUUUUGAACUGGUUAUUUGUUCUCUUUCUACUACUUAAAAUGGUACAACAUGCAAGGAAGAGGAAGGUUAAAACGAAGUCUAAGGAAUCUGACUCUAAAAAUGUAGAACAGGAGUCUGAUUCCGUUUGCGGAAAUGCUACGGGUGAGCCGCUUGAAUUUCAUCCUGUCGAUCACGGAGAUCAUUUGGGUAAAGAAUACAUAUUUAAGCGGAAGUCCUUUAAUACCAGAAGGUGGAUGAUAUUGACAACGGCGUUUCUGUGGUGUUUUCUACACUACGGCCUGCAUACGACGGGUGUCGACCUCCUUGGAGUCUUCAUGAUGGCACUCCUGAUUCUGCUGGCUGUGAAGUUUCAUGGAAGAGUCAAACAAGAGUCCUUAUUAGUCAUGCGGUCACUGGGACUUCAAACGACAACUACGUUUGUAACGGGUCGCCAGGUGUCAAGGUUCAUCAGCAAAGAAACUAUAAAGGACGUUGUCAUAUCUGAGGCCAUAACAAUGCAUCGCGUAAUAUUUUAUUUGGUAAUUCUUCUGCACAAUGUCGACUCGAGCGGGUCGAAGCUGAUCCCUCUCUUCCAGAACACUUUUCCAAGACUGGAUGCUUUAAGGACCGUGUACCGUGGAGUGCAAGAUUGUUUGUAUGGAAUUUCGUCCUGAGACGUGAGGUCACUGCUGAUGUGACAAUCUUUAUUAUUUAGCCAUCAGAAAUGGGUUGUGUUGAAUCCACAUAUCAUUGCUCACCAAAUCAUUAUUGAGGAACCAUCUGAGCACUCAGUAGAUCUGCAGUGCUGUGAUUUUUACUCUUGCCAAUAAAUGAGCAUUUUUGUACGAACCAUUUUA